CGUGCUGUAGCAGACAAGAAUAGGUUGGCUACGCGGCCCGUACGCUCGCGCAAAAUUUCGCUCGCGACACGCCGGGCUGCGUGCUGCAAGCCGCGAGUGCAAAGUGUCGCACGAUACUCGAUUUAUACCUCCUGGAUUGCGUCACGCGGUCAAGUGCAGCGUCUGUGCGUUUGUUUGUGUGUGUGUGUGACUUGUUUCCUUCGGCGUUUCUUUGGAAGUUUGUGGGAUGUUGUACGUGCGCUGAUCAGGUUGCAUAAGAAGGUACGUAGGCGUUGUCUGCUACGCCUGUGCGGCUGGGUUUCGUACUAAUGGAACGUUACAUCAAGUAGUGUACUCGACGGCGUUGGACCUAACGUUUGGAUCCUAUACUGUGUGGCAGUUCGGCACCGUUGUUGACAGACGGUGUUAGUUCGUCGUACUUCGGCCGCUGAACGUGAAUUGCAAAGAUUUGCAAAGAUCUGUGGAGGCAUCUUUGAAUUCUGUGAGCUGCGACGACACGGAUACACCUUGCGAUUGUGAUGUGUGACGCGGGCGUGGAUGCAAAUUGAGGUCCUCCGGAAUGACACUUAAAAAAGGAGGUGGCGAAGAGAGAAAAGGGUUGAGGCACCUUGACCUUGAUGCGACGCCGCGACCUGAAGGUUGGCGUUCUCGUCGUUAGCGAGAACGAAUGCACCCUGAUGCUGGUCGAAGAAACAUCGACGGGCGUCGGUCAGGGUCGGCGAACGCCGCCGCCGCCGGGAAGGUUCGACGUUGAACCCGUUCAGAACGUAGAUUCUGACGACUCCAUCAAGUGGGAGGAUUUUUAUGGGCCUCCCGUGGACAUCAGCAGCUCCCUGCUGGACAUGUAUGACACCCUAGUGGCACAGACACGCUCUAAAGAUGGCGGAGCGGCCCCUGCGUCACAGGGAUCCCAUACGGCCUCCAAAGAGCACCUCAGUCCUCCUACGCCCCUGUCUCAGCUGAAGCGAUCGUAUACCCACCCGAAGCCGACCUCGUUGAGGGACAAGCUCGCCCGUCGGCCCCUGAGCACGAGUUCUGAGUCUUCCUCGACGUGUUCCUCGUCUUCGUCGUCUUCGUCGUUGCACCCCAGGAACGAUUUAGAUGUGAAGAAGUCUUACCUGGCCAGCAUUGAAUCGCUAGAUCAAGAUGACGAUGACCAGGGUUCGUCGACUUCGUCCUUUCCGGGAGGAAGCUCGGGAGCCCUGCUGCACCUUCAUCACAACUGCCCGUGCCACAGAGGGGUAGCGGGGACGAACAUGGCCCAUCGACACAGCGCCGAUAGCCUCUCCGAAAACGGCGCCUGUCCGGGUUCGGGGUCUCGCUACGCCGACCCGAACCUCAGUUACGUCGACAGGGUCAUCAUGGAGAUUGUCGACACCGAAAGAACUUACGUGCGAGACCUCGAUGCUAUCGUAGAGGGCUAUCUGAAGCCAUUAUCGCAAGAGACUGGUGACAAGAUUAGCCCUGAUGAUCUGAGCUACCUUUUUGGAAACAUCGAGGAUAUCUAUGCCUUCAACAGUGCGUUCUUGGAGCACCUGGAGAAGUGCGGAUCAGACCCUGUUGCCCUGGCACGAUGCUUUGUCACAAAUAGCGAUGGUUUUUCAGUUUACACCGAAUUUUGCACUAGUUACCCCAGGACAGUGUCUGUUCUAACGAAGCUCGUGGGCCAAUCUGAGACUGCGGAGAUAUUCAAGGAUCUGCAGCUUUCUUUACACCACAGCCUACCACUGGGGUCGUAUCUACUGAAACCGGUUCAGCGUAUACUCAAGUACCAUCUCCUUCUCCAGAACAUUGUCAAAAACUUCGACAAGGAAAGCGAUGGCUACCCAGACAUCAAGAAUGCACUGUCAGUGAUGACAGGAAUAGCGUGUCACAUCAACGAAAUGAAACGCAAACAUGAGCAUGCAGUCCGUGUACAGGAGAUCCAAUCACUACUUUAUGGGUGGCAGGGCAAAGACCUGACUACAUACGGUGAAUUAGUUGCGGAAGGGUCCUUCCGGAUGGUAGGAGCCAAGGCCCUGCGGCACUUAUUUCUUUUUGAGAAAGUGCUGCUCAUUACUAAGAAACGUGAAGAAGGUAUCCUCAACCACAAGACACAUAUCAUGUGUUCAAACCUGAUGCUGAUAGAAAGUAUCCAGGGUGAACCGCUUUACUUCCAAGUGGUGCCUUUUGACAGUCCGUGCAAUCAGUACUCCUUUCAGGCUCGAAACAUCGAGCAGAAGCGAGAGUGGUGCCUUCAGUUGAAGCGAGUGAUCAUCGAGAGCUUCAGUGCAGUCAUUCCAAGUCACGCCAAACAGCUGGUUCUCGAGCUUGGACAGUCGAAAACCGAUGAAGACAUGUCCCAUGAAAAGAGUUCCGUGAAGAAGUCCCUCUCUGCACCAGAGUACCUGAAAAGGCGGAAAAAUGAGAGAAGAAAAUCAGAAAUGAACCUCCACAGGGCAUUUCGUCUUCGCAGAGGUCUGAAAAAGGCAUUCUCACAAGAUAUGUGUACAUGUAGCUGCCACACAAAUAUCACCUCACCAAGGUUGCGUAGAGCUAGCGCAGAUGCUGCACCUCAACUCUCAAACAGUGGAUCAUGUAAUCAGUGUUCCAGUUCCUGCCAGCAGAGGUCUUCAGCCUGCAGCAAUUCCACCUCCUACCCUGCAGUUAGUGCACCAACCACACCAUUGCCUGGCUCCCCAGCAAACGCUGAAUCAGCCCAGUCUCCGCAAAGCCCAUCCCCACGAAGACAGCGGGAAUGGGAUCUCAUUGACACCAGUGACACAGAGAAUGAAGAUAAUUGCUAUUCGGGAGUCAAUCUACACAGGCCAUCACGAUACCGACCUGCUUCGGCUGUUCCUCCGGCACUGCCGUCAGGCACAGAGGACUCAUCCGGUGAAUAUGUCACCUUUGAGUUUGCCAACCGUUAUGCCACCCGAGAUGCAGCAGUGAGCUGCGUCGACGAAGGUCGCAGCCAAGAAGCCUCGAACGACGAUUCGAGUAGAGGAAAAAUGAACUACGACAGCCUCUUUAACCUCUGGACACGUCUUGGGACUGUUCCGCAGAUGAUGGAGACAUCCACUUGUUCAACGGAACUUCCACAGACAAAGAAGGCUGGGGCACCCGUGCGAAGAACCCAGUCGUUUUCAGAAAUGGCGCGGUCGAAGGUGUCGUCACUUAUUCCGAAAUGGCCCGGAGGUAGUCAGAGGCCCACGAACCUGGAGCUUCGAAGGUCCUCCCUCGGGUUGUCGGCAACAGACUGCAGUAGUCCGACCGUACCAUCUGUGUGGCUCGACCAGCAGCAAGAGCACCUACCUUCAAAUACUUGUUCAAAAUGUGGAUCUCUGCCACGUAGCUUCCAGCUGGGUGAACCAGGGACGACGAAGACGCAGCAACUUCGAGCGCGGGUUGAGAACUCUAGAGCGCAACACUUGGACCAGAGGCCGUUCACGAUAGCCUCGGAUAAGCCUUCGCAGGUGGACUUUCCAGACAAUCUUGACAGGUACCUCGACAGCCACACGUGUCAACCCUGUCAGUUCAAGGGAAACGGGGACAAACUCGAUGAGGGACAACUAAUGACAGGAUGUUCCAACACCCCGGCAGCCAGCUUAGAAAACGUCAGUACAAUUCAUCCGGACCACAGGAUAUACAGGAGAGAAGGAAUGCGACAGACUAGCUCCUGGAGAAAUGUUCUGUCUGGUUUCGGAUCGAAAAUAACGAACCUGCGUUCAUCGCUGUCCCCUAGUCACAACGACGGACUCGAACAGCCGCCGGACAGGUCGCCGAGUCGGCUCAGCAUCCGCAGCGAACGGAGUACGGAUUCAAAGAUACUAAACUCUCGCCUCAUCACGUCCAUCGGCAGGGCGUACGCCAAAGUGGUGCAACCUAAGCCCAAGCCGACGGUGCUGGCGAGUCCGAGACUCCAGCGGGUCCAAGGGAGCGCAACCGUCGCAGCCAGAAUGGCUCGUCCGAGGGACUCCAAUUAUUGCCUGCCAAAGACGAUCUUGGCAAUACUGUCAGGGGAGACGGAUGCGAACCUACGGCCAGAUAGUGUGUUGUCCGAAUCUUCAAAUCGCACCUCGUCCUCCUCCAGCGAGGGAGACAAGGCCGAACAGAGGAGGGGCCUGGAACUCCUCGAUGCUGGAGACGAGUCUGACGCAAGUGACGCAUCCGCUGACAGUUACUACGAAAGGACGUUUGAGGCGAUAGAAAAUGUGCUAGUGGAAGAAAUGUUCCGAGACUCCGCUAUUUAUAGUGAAGCCGAAGACGGAGAUGUGAGCGUGGCAGAGGUCUCGUACGACUACGAGAAGUCUCCGUCGGACCUGCCCAAAGUCACCACAACUUCGACACUGACUUCCCUGUGCGUUCGUAAAGUGAAAGGAACGAUUUUUGAAAAGCUGAAAGUGCUGGAGGAGAACGCAAAGUUUAAAGCUGACGAACUCUCAAAGCCCAGCGUGGAAGGCCUGAAAUCUAUUCAGGAAAGACGUAGGGAGCUGGAGCAGUGGUGCAAGUCACACCCAGAAAAAGAGGACAGGACGGAGUGCAACAAUGUUCCUACGGCCACUAAGCAACUCAAGGACACGACAGAGCCCUGUGGCAUGGCAGUUGUUGACACAGAAGACGAGUCAUUGCCGCACAUGAAGAAGGGCUGGGUGAAACACGUUGUUGACCGCUUUCAGACGGGAGUAGGUGAUGGGGGAACGUGACGUCCUUUGUUGGGUUCUGCCAAAAUGACUGAGUGCCAAAGCAUAUCAAAGUUUUGUUAAGAGUACGUUGUGAGAAAAGAUACCACGCAUGGUGGUAGCUGGACCAUAAGCUGCGGUAGUGGUGUGGAGUAGAUGUUGAUAUUCAGGGUUUCAAGUGCCACCAGUAGUAAAUGUUAAGUCAUUAAAUAAGUCAGUUUCUUGCCGUAAUGCUGCGAGUUCAUUAUGCACAGGCUAAGAUUGGUACUACUAUGUCCAGUACUUUUCCUACAGGUUGCGCGAUAAUUGAUUAUUAAUUCUAGUUUGCCUGCUGUUGAAACGAAAAGGAUUGAUAACAGAUUAAAUACUUUGACGUGCUCCACAGCAUACAAUAUUUUCUUUGAAAUAAGAAUGAGCAUGCAUAGUUGACCAGGUGCGAGAUUCUGGUCACUGAAUGUUCUAGCAUAUCACAACAGGUGCCUAAUACGUGUCUUCCUGUAAGGAUAUUAAGUACACCUUUCGAGAGUAAUGAUCAGGUUAUCCUAAGUUAUGUAAUAUUUCUUCCCAUGUCACACAUAUCGAACCCACCAAUGGCAUACUUACUUGCAUUUUCUGUAAAAUAGUAUCGGUACAGGUUCUACCGCUAUUUUUGUAGGACAGCGAUUUCCUAGUCACAUGUCUUGGGUCAGCAAGAUUUUCCCAAGAUCUUACGAUGUAGCCAUACUUAUUAAAUUCGUGUUGUAGCACAAUGCAGGGACAAUACAUACGAGCAUGGUGUCCAAUUUUUGUGUUUUCGCUUUUGCAUGUGCAUUAUGCCGUAAGCACUGUUUAUGUCUGUGUUAGUAGGCCUACAUUCACUGCCCUUAUGUUUCGAUAGUUAUUCUAAUUUAAUAUAAGCAAAAUGUCUGGAAGAAGAGGUUUGUAUUUCUGUUGCAUAAAGGCAGUCAUCUCUGUAAUAACUGUAGCAUAGUAUUUAUGUAACAAAUUUAUACACAGUAGAAUAUAAUGGUCUGCAGCUACAUUUUUUGUUUGCAGCUGUUUUUUUUUAUAGGCUAUCCUUUUGCUGAUGACAAAGUGUGGCGAACACUUGUUCAUUUCAGCAUCAGUUCUGAUGUCUGUUAAAAAAAAUUACCUGAAUGUAUUUUUGAACGUUUCAUUGCAGACAUUGUAUUCCAUAUAUCGAAGCAUACUCUUUCAUCCUCAGAGCUAAUGCAAUGUUCUGAGACCUUGUGUGCUGAACUAUAGAUAAAGAUAUCUUUUCCACAGCUUCA